GUCCAACAUCUUCGAUCACGCAUUCUCGCCCACAAUACAUCUUCAAAACUCCUGCAUCCCUUCUCAUAAAUCUUUUGACGAGCCUGUAAUAAUCACAACCCUCCAAUACCCUCGCGGACUAGAGAAAACGCAGGCUUUGUGCCCUCGCCGCAAAGAUGCCCGGCUUCGAUUUCAGCAAUUACAAUCGCAAUGCUGCCCUCCAUGCUCGAGGAGUUCCCCUCCCAAAAGCGACCAGCACAGGCACAACCAUCGUAGGAUGCAUCUAUGACAAUGGUGUUGUUAUUGCGGCAGACACAAGAGCCACCAGCGGACCCAUCGUCGCCGACAAGAACUGUGAGAAGCUGCAUUAUAUCUCUCCCAACAUCUGGUGCGCUGGCGCGGGUACCGCCGCGGAUACAGAAUUCACGACCGCCCUCAUCUCUUCCAACCUCGAGCUACACUCUCUAUCCACGGGUCGAAUGCCUCGAGUAGUGACUGUGAUGACGCUGCUUAAACAACACUUAUUCAGAUACCAAGGUCAUAUCGGUGCAUAUCUCGUGGUUGCAGGCGUCGAUCCAACAGGAGUAGGGUUGUUCACAGUUCAUGCCCAUGGAUCAACAGACAAGCUCCCCUACGUAACGAUGGGUUCUGGGUCAUUGGCAGCAAUGUCAGUGUUUGAAUCAACGUGGAAGAAGAAUCUCACCAAGGACGAGGCCGUCAAAAUAUGCUCUGAGGCGAUUAUGGCUGGUAUCUUCAACGACCUAGGAUCAGGAAGUAACGUGGACGUUUGUGUCAUCGAGAAAGACAAGCCAACGCAGCUGCUGAGAAACUACAUUAAACCUAAUGAGAGGGUCAAGAAAGAGCGCAACUACAGAUUCGCCAAGGGCACAACCGCAGUAUUGAACGAAAAGGUCAUCACCAAAGAGGAGAUUGGGCGGUAUGUGACGGUGCAUGAGAUUGGCAGUGGCAGUGAUUCUGACAGUAUGGUUGUGGUGGAGAAGAUGGACGUGGAUGAAGCGUAGCGGCAAGCAAACUGAAGAAUCUUGAAAGAUUCCUCUUCGUCAUUGUAAUAUCAAAAUGGCGCGCGGGCGUCGAAAGGGAUAUUGAUGCUUCUCGAGCCAGGAUUAGGUUCAGUGUAUCAGCCAUUGCUAUGGCAGCAUAUUGCGCUUUUAGACUUGGGCGCUUCGAGACGUGAAGAAUGCACCGUUUGAUGGAUGCGGCCUUCAUUGUCGGCCUUGCCUCUGGACAAUCAAAUUAUGGCGUUCAGGAC